AUGAGUGGGGUUUGUGGGUAUGUGGGGGUGUGUGGGGUGGGUGGUGUGUGGUGGUUGUGUGGGGGGAGUUGGUGGUACAUGGUGUUGUGGGUGGGGUGUGUAUGUGUAUAUGGUAUUGGGUGGUUUGGUAUUGUGGUUGUGGGGGUUUUAGAUUAUGUAGGUGUAGGGGGUUGGUGUGGGUGGUGGGGUGUGGUGGGGAUGUGGUUGGGGGUGUGGUGGGGGUGUGGUGGGGAUUUGGGGGUUGGGGUUGGGGGUAGUUGUGGGUUGGAUGUGGUGGGGUGUGGUUGGGGAUGUGUGGUAUUGUGGUUGGGGUGUGUGGGGUUGUGGUGGGAUGUGGUUGGGGUAGUGUUGGGGGGUGUGGUGGGGAUUGGUUGGGGUGUGGUGGGGGGGUGGUGGGGAUUGGUGGGGAUGUGGUGGGGGUUGUGGGGGGUGUGGGGGGUGUGGUGGAGUGUGGUGGGGGAUGUGGUUGGGGUUGGUGGGGAUGUGGUUGGGGGUUGGUGGGGGAUGUGGUGGGAUGUGGUGGGGGUGUGGUUGGGUGUGGUGGGAUGUGGUGGGGGGUGUGGUAGGGUGUGUGAGAUGUGGUGGGAUGUGGUGGGGUUGGUGGGAUUGUGGGGUCAUGUGGUGGGGGUGUGGUGGGGUGAGAGUGGGAGGGGUUAA